UCCUUCAAUACUCUUCAUUCCUCAACAUUCUCAUCUUAAAACAAUUCCUCAACUUGCACACCCUCAUUUUUAAUACUCCCUGCCAAUACACACAACAAAAGAAUAAACCAUGGCUUCCUGCCCCAAAAUACUAGUGCUUGUAAUCUUUGCCUCCCUUCUUGGCUUUUCCUUAGCAGCUAGACAACUCACUGAAACGACUCAGCCUAUGACUUUCCAAUACCAUAAGGGUCCUCUCCUUAAUGGCAAAAUUCAAAUCAACCUCAUUUGGUAUGGACAAUUCAAGCCUGCCCAACGUGCUAUCAUCUCCGACUUUGUCACCUCGCUUUCGUCCUCCCGAAGUGAAGCCCAACCAUCUGUUGCUACUUGGUGGAAUUCCAUUGGCAACUAUCAUCGCCUCGCCAAUCCCAAGACAAAAACCACCCCUUUAUCCCUCUCCUUCGGCAAGCAAGUGGUACUUGAGGCGUACCCCCUUGGCAAGUCCCUCACUAACAAACACCUUGUAGAACUGGCCUCCAAAGGUGCCCAACAAGCCAACGCUAUCAACAUAGUGUUGACCGCCUCUGAUGUGGCAGUUGAUGGGUUUUGUCGCAGCCGGUGUGGGACCCAUAGCUCAGCCUACAUCUCUAAAAACUCACAAAAGUUCACCUACAUUUGGGUUGGUAACUCAGAAACACAGUGCCCUGGUCAAUGUGCUUGGCCCUUCCACCAGCCCAUUUACGGUCCACAAAGCCCACCAUUGGUUGCGCCCAACAACGAUGUGGGCCUGGACGGAAUGAUUAUUAACUUAGCAUCGCUUUUGGCAGGAACUGUGACAAACCCAUUCGGAAAUGGGUACUACCAAGGCCCAAAGGAGGCUCCACUAGAAGCAGCUUCAGCUUGCCCUGGUGUUUAUGGGAAAGGAGCUUACCCUGGUUAUGCUGGCAACCUCUUGAUGAACCCCACGACCGGUGCUAGCUAUAAUGCUAAUGGCAUCAACAAGAGGCAGUAUUUGCUCCCUGCUUUAUAUAAUCCCGCUACUCUAUCUUGCUCUACUUUGGUGUGAUAAACUAGAAGAAGUCAGAUGAAAAAUAUAUAUUUGUGAUGAUUAGUUUUCCAUGAUGUAAAGCUGCUAGAACGGUUAGCUAGAUAUCUGCAGUUUCCAGUGCUGUAUAAUUAAAUUAUUCAAUACAUAUAUAGAUGAUUUUUUUA